AGGACUUGCAGCCUAAUAAAUUCUGGAGAGCUGCACAAUCCCCAUCUCUGGGAUGGCAGUUCUAAUCAAAAGGAGUGAUUUUUUCCCCCUUUAAACUUGAAGCAGAUAACAAUGCCAUUACAUGGCAAGCCAUCUCCAAGAGUAGGAAGAUCUCAUUCGUAAAUUCCAUUAAUCACACAGUAACACUGAACCCUAUGAACCUCCCACCCAUUCUCACCCCACUGGAAGCAGUGAGCUGCUUUCAGCUGUGUCUCUUUGCCUCCGAUUGACACAAACCAAGCUCCAUAUGCUGGAAUGCUGGUUUGGCCAUUCUCUCUAUUCCUUUCCUGCAUAGCCCCCGGGCUGGUCCUUGUGCUGGAUGGUGGUUGGUCUGAGGCCCACAAAAACCUUUAAAAUGGGUAGCGAACGAGGGCUGCGCAAAGGCCUGGGCCAGCUUGAAGCCUACCUUGAUAUGGAGGAAGGGGUAGCUUUCCAGAUGGACAACGGCAUGUACUGGGGCUCUGACGAAGACGUGUGCAUCAAAGGUGUACAUGAAAAGGUUGCACUGUGCAAAUUUCACAUCUCCCGCCUGCCCUCGGGAAAGGUUUGCAUUCGAAACUGGAAAGGCCUGUGUCUUGCUCCAAUGGAUCUAUCUUCAGAAAUAGACUAUCCUAUUCAACCUGUCUUGUUCUCCAACAAGCCAUAUGUGGAGUAUGAUGUCUUUUGGAAAGACAAUCAUGUAGCUUUCAAAGCCUAUAAUGGGCUUUUCUUGGUCAGAACAUGUAGAGUGUACCACACGCUGGCAGCAGCCAAGUUCCACCCAGAUGUCACCUGCUAUUUCCAACCCUUGGUUGGAGACCACCCACCCCCAGCUAUUGAAAUAAUGUCUGUGGUGCCAUGUGAUGUUUCAUCAGUGACCUGUAGCCCUUACAUUUUGGAGGAGCAGGUCUAUGUCAACCAUGAAAAGGUCCCAGUAACACACACCUUUGUCAUGUUUUGGGAACCUCACAGCACUGACCACAUUAUAUGGACUCGUAUGUGGGGUCUGGGUAUGCACACGUCAUGUACUUUCACCAUUCUGGAUACCAAAUGUCUUAUUUUGUACACGGAGGACAAUGAACAGAUGAUAACUUUUACGCGGUUUAUUUCUGAGUAUCUGGUGAAGGACGUGGUGGUGCCUCCCAGAACUGAAGCUAGAGCCCACUUCUGUGUCGAUAUGCAAAGUGAUGCGAUUUUGAGUUUCAUAGCCUUAGUCCGCAAGAAAAGAUCUGUUCAGGAUGUCACUUUCUUUGCUGUAGGUGGGUCCUGGAUGGGACUUAUCUAUAGUAACUUCAGAGUGGAGGUCAGAUUUACAGAUCUUUGAGUUUGGGAGACACGCAGAAACUAUGAAAACUAGUGGCCUUUCAAGGGAAGUUGCAUGCCAGUUUAUGCAUACCUGAAGUAAUAUGACUGUGAGUCUCCAUGGGCCAGAAAGCAUCUACACCAGUGGUUCUCAACCUGUGGGUUCCCAGAUGUUUUGGCUUUCAACUCCCAGAAAUCCUAACAAUUGGUAAACUGGCUGGGAUUUCUGAGAGUUGAGGCCAAAAUACCUGGGGACCCACAGGUUGAGAAACACUGAUCUACACCAAUGGUGUCCAACAUUUGAUCCUCCGGGUGUUUGAGACUCCAACUUCCACAAGCCCUGGCCAGCUUUCCCAAUGUUCAGGAAUUCUGGGUGGUGAAAUCCAAAACACUCAGAGGACCAAAGGUUGGAUACAAUCACACUAUCCCAGUCUGGAGCUUUGCUGCACACCAUUGCUUUCUGAAACAGUUGAAUUCUGUACAAGACAAGUCAUGAUUUCCUCUUGAGGCUUUUUGGGCACACCCUCACUGCUUCCCAAGUGCCUGAAGACAAAAAUAUGAUGGCUACCUUUUUGUGGCAAGAGGGAAAGCCCUUCUCACCUUUCAGCACAGUUGUCAAAAAUACAAUUGUCAAAAAAAAAGUGAAGAUAUUUUUGGAAAUAAAUCCUCAGUAGACUUCAUUAUCCCUCAAGAGUGUCAGGAACAGGCCAAGUUGCGGAAUAGGAAAGCUAAUGUGUAUUACUCUCAAGUGUGAAUUCUUAUCAAAUACUAACAGAAUUAAAAUUCUUGCCUCUAGCCAAA